AAACUAGUUGCUUAUUGUGCGCUUGUGAGGUAGAGAGUAUAACAGACAGGCCGAGCCGGGAGUAAGGCGACCAGCCAGGAGUAACUACACAGUGAACUGGCGGUUCGGGCGUUGUUUCAAAAAUGCACAGCUCCAAAAAUAGUGCAUCGUAGUUUCCAGGCCUGCCGGAGGCCUGCAGCUGAGCGGGAUUGCUUACAUUUCCUGCAGCAGCUCGGUGUUUCUGCAGCCGGGGGCCUGGACCCAACACCAGAGUUACGAUGACCCGUGGUAGCUCACAAGAUGGCAUUGGGGGGCCCUACCUGCCAAUACAGAGCCAAAGUUGCAUCGCACUGACCUCGCGCAGCUCGUCGACACUCGACGGCGAGACAGAGGACACGAGGAUAGCAAGGACUAGUGAUUUGGAGGCAGGGCCAGGAGAGCACGCACAAGAGUCAGAGCAUGAACGCACAGGGCUGCUAGCGAGCGCCCGGGAGCUUGCUGCACAGGGUUCUGCAGCAAACGACGAUGCAACAACCGAUGAGCGUACUGGCUUGCUCCAAGUGCCAACCUCGGCGCUCAAGCCGUCCGCUGACAUUUCUGGGAGCGGCUUCGUCGACAGGGGAGGCCCGGCCAGUCUUCCGGAGGCAAACGCAACCAUGGCGUUUCCCUCGGCUGACGCGCCGUGGUAUAAGAAACUCUUUGCAUUUGCUGGGCUCGGCUUUCUCAUCUCCGUGGGCUACAUGGACCCCGGCAACUGGGCCACGGACCUGGCUGCGGGCAGCGCCUUCGGCUACAGCCUGUUGUUUGUGGUGCUGCUGUCCUCCGUGUGCGCCAUGUUCCUGCAGUACCUGUCACUCAAGCUGGGCAUUGCCACAGACCGCGACCUGGCCCAGGCCUGCCGCGACGCCUACCACCCCGCCGUGAACCGCGUGCUGUGGGCGGUGGCGGAGCUGGCCAUCGGCGCCACAGACCUGGCGGAGGUGGUGGGGUGCGCCAUCGCCUUCAACCUGCUGCUGGGCAUGCCGCUGUGGGCGGGUGUGUUGGUCACCGCUGCCGACGUGCUGCUGCUGAUGGCGGCGGAGGCGCGCGGCGGCUUCCGUAGCCUGGAGGUGCUGGUGGGGCUGCUGACCGCCAUCAUCGCGGGCUGCUUCGUGUACGAGCUGGCCCGCUCCCAGCCCGACUUCCGCGCGGUGGCGGCCGGCUACCUGCCCGACAUACGCAUGGUGACGGACAGCCAGCAGCUGUACCUGGCCACGGGUAUCCUGGGUGCCACGGUCAUGCCGCACAACCUGUACCUGCACUCCUCAGUCAUCCAGACCCGCGCAUACCCCAGGACUCCCGCCGGCCGCAGCCUGGCUGUGCGCCUGGGCGGCCUGGACUCCAGCCUGUCGCUGCUGCUGGCGUUCUUCAUCAACAGCGCCAUCCUCAUCCUGGCGGCGGCGGCCUUCCACGAGCACGGCCGGACAGACGUGGCGGACAUUGGCGACGCCUACGAGCUGCUGGCCACCUCGCUGGGCGCCAAGGCCGCCUCCAUCCUGUUCGGUGUGGCGCUGCUGGCGGCGGGGCAGAACUCCACCAUCACCGGCACACUGUCGGGACAGAUUGUGAUGGAGGGCUUUCUGGCCAUCAAGUGUCGGCCCUGGCUGAGGCGACUCAUAACGCGAGGCACGGGCGACGCCUACGAGCUGCUGGCCACCUCGCUGGGCGCCAAGGCCGCCUCCAUCCUGUUCGGUGUGGCGCUGCUGGCGGCGGGGCAGAACUCCACCAUCACCGGCACACUGUCGGGACAGAUUGUGAUGGAGGGCUUUCUGGCCAUCAAGUGUCGGCCCUGGCUGAGGCGACUCAUAACGCGAGGCACGGCCAUCAUCCCGGCGGCUGUGGUGGCCGCGGUGAUGGGUCGCGAGGGCGUGGGGCAGCUGCUGGUGCUGUCGCAGGUGAUCCUGUCGCUGACGCUGCCGUUCGCCGUGUUCCCGCUGGUGCACUUCACCGGCAGCCGCAAGUACCUGGGCAAGUACGCCAACGGCUGGAUGGUGUCCGCCACGGCCUGGACGCUGUUCGUGCUCAUCUCGGCGCUCAACAUUAACCUGGUGGUGCAAAGCGUGCGCGACGGCAGCUUCGGAGGGUUUAGCACUCGCCGCCUGUUCUGAGUGCGCAGUUGGGGGGUUGGGGGUGGGGGUGGUGAGUACAAGCCCAAACUGAACGUUUAAACGAGCGGGGGGUGGGGAGCAGAUUGCAGGGAAGGGAAUGAGGGUGAGGGACGCAGCGGCUGGCUCGGUCGUACAGGGAUUUGUUUGCAGGUGAAGGCUGUUUGUGCUAACCCAUAGGAAUGCACGCGUACUUAUGUCGAGCAGCAUUUGAACUGCAGCCGUGGCGUGGCGGUGUGCGCCGGGCCUGAUGGCAUGGGAAACCGCAUUCCCGGUACGUCGGCUACGAACCAGAGGGCCUACACGUGAUCCCUAUGCGGGCGUAUCCUAUGCAGCAGCGGCGAAGCUCUCACGAGUUUACUGACUGCGCGUUCUGCAAUAAACUUAUUUGUGCUUGAAGUGGCAGUGGCAAAAGGUAUAGAGUUGUAUGUUUCACCAAACGCUAGGCGCGUAUGUACACGAGUACGUGUGCCCUUUGACGCAAUUGUGUAUAUGGUUGUGUGUGUGUGUAUGUGUGUGGGACAUGUGUGCCGGGUCCGACGGGGCUGGCCUCACGGCGAGCUCCUUCUCACUUGUUUGCUCGCCACAAAUUCGUUCCCUGGUUUAGCAUACCGGCGGGCGUGCAUGGCGAGUUGCUCCAUAAGGAGCGGGGAGUGGGCUUGUGGCGCCGCGGACUGUCGACGUUGAGUGGGUGUGAGUGGACUGACGGACGCACGUGCGAUGUAUGCAUGUGUAUGUGCUCCGUGCAUACCCUGGCUACAUGAUGUGUGAGGCUGUACUUUGACAGCAUCGUAUGUUGGCAAGCAUAGGGAAGGAAGCACAAGACGGAAAUAUGUGCGUUGGUUGCUACUUUGUGAAGUCGAGUUGCGGGUGCUGUCCCUGCCUGCCUGCGGCCAGACCCGAAGCGCGUUCACCUUUUUGCUUGGCUCCACGUCUGACGUGGCGGCAAGUUUGCUGCGGACUUGCGACGGUGCCCGCCGGUGUGUUGUGCUUCCGGGAGUGGCUGCAUGGGCCUGGCUGGUGGGGCCGGGAUGGUGAGUUAAUGGACGCGUGCAGUGGGUGAGGUAUAAACUGGUUGACAGCGUAAUGUGGGCUGUCUUUGUGUGUGCGUAGUUGAGCGCGGUGUGGGCUGCUGACAGGCGCUAUAGGCCCGCCCACCCAGAUGCGCGCACGUCGUGUUUUUGCUUUCCACUCACUGCGUCUUCGAGAACGUGAUGGGAAGUUUGCUGCGGGCCAGGGUGUUGUGCCCUUCGUCCGCAACGGCGUGCGCGGUUGCGGGGACGGUUGGGACCAAAGCGCCAUGCAGGCAGCUGCUGCAUGAGGCUGUUUGCAUGUUGCAGAGAGGCCGAGGUUCGCAAGGGAUGCGAUGGAGGAGGGGCUCGACGUGUGCGUGUUAGCGCGCGGCUGCUCAGGGCUGUGUGGGAGGCUGUCAAAGCGUGGGCGUGAGGGCGCUGUGCUUGAACACACGCGCAGCGGAUGGCGCGCAUGCAUUUGCAGCAUGUGCGCAUGUUUGCUGGCGGCGGCCGCCGCCAGGUUGCGGCGGCACCGGCCAGUUUGCCUCCGCUGUAGUGUGCGUUUGCGUGCAGUCACGUCAGGGUUCGUUCAGGGUGAAGAUGGGUGCGGUGUGGAAGCAGCAGUGGGUGUGCGGUUUGCGGAAACAGUGAGAAAGCAGGUGUUGUGUGGUGGGCGGUCAAACUACCGCUUUUGACGAGGAGGCAGGGUGGGGUAUUCAUCGGUGAAGUAGAAAUGGCAGUGUGCGGCAUGUGAACGGGGGUUGAGACUGCAGGUGUUGGUUGUUUGCUGACAGUGGGUAUGAAGGUGGGGCACAUUUACAAGUUCCAUGCCCGUGCCCCUUGCAAUUUGAGUACGGUAGUCCCUGUCGUUGCCAUCAGUCGAUAUGUCGAACGAAUUGU